AUUUACGACACCUCACAACACUACCAAAUGUCUUUACGGCAGCAGUCACACGUGUUGUCAUCUCGUGGAGGCAUUUCGAAGUAAAUAGUUUCUGUUGUCCUUUUAAGUGAAAAUGUCUUUCAGAGGAGGUGGAGGAGGACGCGGCGGUGGAAGAGGUGGAGGUUUUAACCGAGGUGGUGGAGGCUUUAAUCGAGGUGGUGGAAGCUUUAACCGAGGUGGAGGAGGCUUUAAUCGUGGAGGACGUGGAGGCGGUCGAGGAGGCUUCAACAGACAACAGGACUACGGUCCUCCUGAAUAUGUUGUCGCACUAGGGGAAUUCGUGCACCCAUGUGAAGAUGAUAUUGUGUGCAAGUGUACAACAGAAGAAAACAAAGUUCCUUACUUCAAUGCUCCAGUUUACUUGGAAAACAAGGAGCAGAUUGGGAAAGUGGAUGAGAUAUUUGGCCAGCUCAGAGACUUUUAUUUUUCAGUUAAACUUUCAGAUAACAUGAAGGCAUCUUCCUUCAAGAAAUUACAGAAGUUUUAUAUAGAUCCAAUGAAGUUGCUCCCACUGCAAAGGUUCUUGCCUAGGCCGCCAGGAGAGAAGGGACCACCAAGAGGAGGCCGGGGUGGAGGUAGAGGAGGUGGCCGUGGAGGUGGCUUUCGAGGUGGCAGAGGUGGGGGUGGUCGUGGCGGAGGAUUUGGAGGUGGUCGCGGCGGAGGAUUUGGAGGUGGUGGACGAGGGGGAGGUUUUAGAGGAAGAGGAGGUGGUGGUGGACGUGGAUUUAGAGGUGGAAGAUGAUCUGUUGAUGUUCUGGUGGAUCUUUUUUUUUGUUUGCCUAAAACCUUCUCCAGUGGAGUGUCUGUGUUCCAUGCAAAUGUGCAGAUGUUGUCAAACUCUGAACAUGGACCACAUUUGAAACUUGGAUCUUGGAAUGGAUCUUCUUUUUUGAUUGUUGCACUGCUACAGAAGGUGCAACAUAGUGUCAAUUCCUCUUUAUAAGCAGAUGUGUUCUUUUACCUUGUUUAUUGUAUAAAAAUAUUUCAACCUGAAAAUUGUGCUUUUAAUAAAAAAAGGCAAAACAA